CCUCAACCACCAUGUACUCCCUACGGUCCCUUUCUAGAACACACUCAGGACUCACAAUACCUCUGCGGACACGAACCGUAGCCCCGAAUCCACUUCGUUCACUUCCCUUCCGACGAACGUACGCGACCGGAGAACUUCCAAGACCUCCACCUUCAACACCCCCACCCGCAGAAACCUUCGACGGUCCGUCCAAACCUCGGGAGUACUACCAUCGUCCUCCACAGCGGGACUUGCCUCCAUACCGUCGAGUAUGGCCGACCUUGCUCCUGCUUAGUACGGCCGGCGUCUCCGUCUGGGCGGUGUUCCUCACGUAUAUGGCGAACCAAGAGAGGCUGUCGACGUCGGUUAUGAAGAGGAUCGUGACGACGAUUAAGAAUAGUGAGGAGGUGAGGGAGGUGCUUGGGGAGGCGGUGAGGUUGGAGCCGACUUGGUGGUUGAAUGGCGAUCCGUGGGUUACUGGGUCGGUGAGUAUGCUGCAAGGUAGCGUUGACCUUAGCUUCAGAGUGAAGGGACACAAAGGUUCCGGAACACUCUAUUUCACCAGUAUCCGCAAAGGCAAAGGCGAGCCUUGGACAAUCCUCCGCUUCAAAAUAAUCGCCGACAACGGCCAAGUCCUGCACAUAUCCGAAUCGUUGGCUUGAUACUAGCUGCCAAUUUGGGGUGGGAUUCGGACUUGUCGUUUCUUGCAUGGUAUGGCAUGUACAUUAGAGCCGUCAUAUUAUCUCUCAUCUUUCUUUCGAACCGAGCAAUGCAUCAACACACACCAUCACUCCUCGUUCAUCAUCGUUGCCACUUCUCGGAUAUUCUAGCGUGUCAGGUCAGUAUGGUACUUAUUACUGUGACAUUAGGCCAGCGCUCGAGUGGGUUUCCUUGCCGGGUCAAUGCAGGAG